AUGCGCUGCUUUACCACCUCGAACGGCACGCGCACCGUGCUGGACGCAAUGUCGCCGGCCGCUGCCGCCGCCAUGUGGCACAGUGGUGUGUACUUGGUGUCGACGCGCGUCGACAGCGUCCGCUUUACAUACUCGUACAUGGCGAAGAAAGCGGCGGCGGCCGGCGCCGACGCCGCCACGGCCGGCCCAAAGCCUGCGUACAAGCCCUUCAACAUCGGGGUGGCCUUGAUCGCUGACGUCGACGCUGACGUCGACGUGGCGGCUAGCUGCAUGCGGGUCUUGAGCGUGUCCAGCGGGAAGAGAACGGCGUCAACAGUGAAGCCAGCGACCGCGCCGGAAAGCAACGAGAUUUGGAAGGUGCGCGUCGCAGUGAGCUUGAGUGCGGACAGCGCGGGCCCGUCCGCGGUUGAGGCUAUGAGAUGCAAAGGGGGGCGGGAGUUUGCGCGCCGGCCGCACGCGGGGAUAUUGGGGACGCCCAUCGCGGGUGGAAGGAGGCACGGUUUGGGGGUGAUCGAACGGGGUAGGGAGGCGAGAGACGAGGAAGAGAGGCGAAAAGGGGUUGGGACGAGGAGAUCAGAUUUGUGUGCCACGCGGCCACGUGGUGGUACGUUUCUCAGACGGCAUGUACUAACGUACAGCACCAAGGGUACUAUAACUGAAAAUCCUAAUUCACGUCGUCACAUCAUCGCCCUGCCUCACUGCCUGUAUGUACAACUGUGUUAA